AGCUUGUUCGUAUAAAAAGACAGAACAUCCAUGAAUGUCAGUGCAGUGAGUGUAAGUUAGUUGUUAAUCGUGGUUCGUCUCUCGUCUCCAGAAUCGAAGAAACGUCUCCAAUUUUCCGAUUGUAAUUUUUAAGAACAGAGCCAAAAGUCAAAAUGUCGUCGGAGGAGCCAUUAGUCGUCGAGAUGGUCUAUCUUUAUGAGAAAGACAACGCGAAGCUGCAUCACACCAUCAAUUACGAAUUGGUGCACCUUGAACCGGCGACACCCGUCCUCAGGAGGGGUCAGUCAUUUCACGUAGCCUUGAGAUUCAAUCGGGAAUACGUAGAUGAGACCGACAUCGUCAGAUUGCUGUUCAAUUUCGGGCCAAAUCCGAACGUUCUUAGAGGAACCAGAGGUGUGAACACCAUUACCUACAGAGACAGUUAUUUGACCGAUUUGGAGGCGUGGGGUGUUCGUUUGGUGGGUGUCAAUGGGGUUGAUUUGACGGCGGAAGUGAGAAGCCCCAUAGACAGUCCUGUUGGCAUCUGGCAGUUGAACGUGGAGACUACAGUCGUAGGAAGCAAAACGCAUCCGAACACUUAUAAUUACGACAAGGACAUUUAUUUGCUGUUCAAUCCUUGGCUGAAAGAUGAUUUGGUGUACAUGGAGGAUGAACAGCUCUUGGACGAGUACAUUUUGAACGAUGUUGGGAAAAUAUGGGUCGGUUCAUGGGGAAGUGCACGCGGCAGAGAAUGGGUGUUUGGUCAGUUUGAUGCCUGCGUGUUGAAAGCUUGUCAGUUGUUACUGGAAAGAUCCGGCAUCAAAGCUAAUUCCAGAGGAGACCCAGUCCAGAUGUGCAGAGCUAUUUCGAGAAUCGUGAACUCGAACGACGACAGGGGAGUGAUCGUCGGUCGCUGGGACGGCGACUACGCCGACGGCACAGCCCCAGCCGCGUGGACCGGAAGUGUACCGAUCCUCGAGGAGUUCGUAGAAACCGGCGAGUCCGUGAACUACGGUCAAUGUUGGGUGUUCGCCGGUGUCGUCACCACCGUGUGUCGCGCCCUUGGCAUACCGUCUCGGGUUGUCUCUAAUUUAGUGUCGGCCCACGACGCGAACGCCUCGCUCUCCGUCGAUCGUUACUACAGCAGAAACAACGAGGAACUCGAUUACGAUCCGAACAAUCUCGACGGCGAGGACUCGAUCUGGAACUAUCACGUUUGGAACGACGUGUGGAUGGCCAGGCCGGAUUUGCCAAAGGGUUACGGUGGUUGGCAAGCGAUCGACUCCACGCCGCAGGAAACUUCGGACGGUGUUUAUCAAUGCGGGCCAGCUUCGGUCGAGGCGAUUAAGCAAGGCGUCGUUGGAUACAACUACGACGUGACGUUCAUGCUGGCAUCGGUAAAUGCUGAUCUGAUGAGGUGGAUGGAGGAUCCUGACAGCGAGCUCGGCUACAGGAAGAUUGAUUGCAACAAGUAUCACAUUGGUCGAAUGAUUUUGACGAAAGCACCUUGGAUUUUCGAUCCAAACGGCGACAGAGACAGAGAGGACAUAACAUCCAUUUACAAAGCCAAGGAAGGAACGGAGGUCGAACGACUGACAUUGUACAGAGCGGUGCGCAAUACCGAACUGGCAAAGAGAUUCUACUCGUUGCCCUCAUCCGCGAAGGAAGAUGUCGAGUUCGAUCUCGUGGACAUCGAUCGUGUGAACAUCGGGCAACCGUUUGCUGUUAUAGUGAACAUGAAGAACAAGUCGAACGAGAUACGGACCAUUCAAGCUGUUCUAUCUGCUGGCAGCGUGUACUAUACGGGAAUCAAGGCGCAUCUGGUGAAGAGAGCGUCUGGUGACUUUGUUCUUAGACCGCAAGCCACCGAGCAGUUGAGGCUCAGGGUCACGGUGGAUGAUUAUUUGGACAAGCUCGUGGAGUAUUGUAACAUGAAAUUGUAUUCCAUUGCCACGGUCGUGGAAACCAAACAGACAUGGGCCGAGGAGGAUGAUUUUCAAGUCUUGAAACCGAACAUCACGGUCAAGAUCGACGGCGAGCCUGUAGUAGGAAGACCAUCGACAAUCAGCCUCAGAUUCAAGAAUCCCUUGAAGAAAGUAUUAACAGAGUGUAAAUUCAAUUACGCUGGUCCAGGACUAACAAGAAACAAAACUCUAGCGUUCCGAGACAUCGAUCCUGAGGAAGAUAUCUACGUAGAACACCAAUUGAUCCCCCAAAAGGCUGGCUCGCAGAAGAUCAUUGCCACUUUUACCUCUAAAGAGUUAGUCGAUGUGACAGGAAGCGCUGCCAUUGAGGUUCUUGACGAGGAGGAAUAAAAUCCCAAACCAAAUCAAACUUUCCCCAUCCUUAUUAUGAAAAUAACGUGUAAACGUUAUUAUGAAAAUAACGUAUUAAUUCACAAAAUAUGGUUCAUCGACUUAUUACUAGAUCUUUAUCGUGGUUGUUUAUAUAUACAUACAUACAUACAUAUAUAUAUAUUUUUUUAGAAAAUUUAUUAUUAUUACCGAGGAGUAUAUGAUUACUUUUAGAUACGGUUUGCAAGCUUUUUUUUUAGAAAGUCUCGAGUCUUUUAAAAAUUAUCAAGUCACGUAAAAAUUGUCUUAAAUUCCAGAUAACGAAAAAUAUAUAUAAUAGUAUAUAUAAUAAUAUUUUUGAUAUCAAGUUUUAUAGUUAUUUAAUAUUAUCCGAGAAACAGUAAAUACUAGAAAGUAUUUAAAUAAAUAUUUAAAUUGAAAAAUAAUAUAACAAAUAUUUAAAUUGAAAAAUAUUUCAUAUUUCACAAAUACUAUUUUGUGGAAAAAAGAAUCAUUUCAGUACUAUAUUAAAAUUCUGCAGAUAAUUUAUUCAUGAACUAAACGUUUCGUAAAAAUGUAUGAUUGCUUGCGAAGAUAUUACCUCAAAAUACCUAAAAUAGAAGGCUCGUUAAUUCUUUUACGACGAGAUUUAUAUUUUUUCACGUCUAUAAAAAUUCGAAUUCACAUGGAAUUCGAUAGUCUAAGGUUUGUUAUCGUGAUUUAAGACACGUGCAGUAAUCCUUCUCUGGUUGAUUAUUGUAUGGUGAUGACUAUAAAAAUACAUGACUCGGAGAUACGUUGUUGGAAUGAAGAGGUAUGCGAGUUGCGUAGCCGGUUUUCAGACAACUCUCUUGAGACCGCAUGAAAGAGAUUAUGUAAUCCGAAGGAAAUAACGUGAAUCUAUAUUAAGACGUGCAUGUUGAUUGUACAGUCAGUCACAGAAGAUUAGACAUACUUAUCGAUCUGUCAAAUUUUAUAAUAUUUGACACAAGAAAAGAAGAGUAUUAUUAGAUACUUCAUUAUUCAUUUCUUGAUGAUGCUAUUUGUUUCUUUAAUAUUGCCUUUCGAAAAUGAAUCAUUGUUCGACGUGUGUGUUAUGCGAACUGUCGCGUGCAAGGAAUUUUAUCGUUUUGUAUAUUUGAUAAUACAUAUUAAUAAAUGUUUAUUUCUUCAA